AAAAAUAUUAAUUAAUUGGAGGUGCAUUUAAUACAACAUUCCAUAAACGUACGAAGAAAAGUAAGACAAAUUAAUUCCUUUAUUAUUACAUAAUCAUGAACGACUAUAAAUCCCUCGACCAAGGAAAAACCUAAUGAUAUUUUCAUCUCUCCCCUCUCGGUUAGUCAUGAAAGAUUUGUUCAUGGAAGGAGAAAGAGAAACUUCAUCGAUGACUUGCUUGACGCCCAAGGAUUCUGUUCAAAGCCCUAACAUGUUGGUUAGACAACCAAAAAAGGAGACAACAACACAAACCCCUAAAACGACACGAGGAAGACAGAAGAUAGAGAUCAAGAAAAUCGAGGAAGAGACCAAGAGACAAGUAACGUUCUCGAAACGCCGUCGUGGGCUGUUCAAGAAAUCCGCUGAAUUGAGCGUUCUCACGGGCGCAAAAAUCGCCGUCAUAACGUUCUCUAAAUGCGAUAGGAUCUACAGAUUUGGCCAUGUAGACGCAUUGAUAGACAAGUAUCUUCGUAAGAGUCCGGUGAAGUUGGAGGGAUAUUCCGGUGAUAACGCGGCGGAUGAGGAAAGUAGGAGACCGUGGUGGGAGCGUCCGGUGGAGAGUGUGCCAGAAGAGGAGCUUGAGGAGUACAUGGCAGCAUUGAGUAUGUUGAGAGAAAAUAUAGGGAAAAAGAUUGUGGCGAUGGGUAACGAUCGGACGGUUGAUAUGGUUCCGGCAUGGCCAAUCAAUGUGAUGGGAUGGAAACCAACGAUGGAUAUGCAAAAAUUGGAAAAUCUGACGGAUGGGGUUAAUCGAUGCCGUGUAGGUCAAAACGGUGAUUGAUUAGUCCAGUCGUGAAGUAUUCCUCUAAUGAAUUUCUAAAAUAUUUUAUUUAGUUUUGUUAAGUUUAAUUAUAUGAUUUUAUGCUAUUG